GGUAUUUGCAAUCCCAACGUACUGCCGUUCACGGCUAAGGCGGAAGUAUGUAUGUUGAAAAAAGAGGUACCCUUUACAGGAUCGUGUCGACCCGAUGCCAUUACUCAGCUUCCACGCGAGGUACAAAUGAAGGUGCUGGACACAUUCCGCAACGCCACGGAGACUACCUUGAGGAAGUUCGUAGAUCCAGACUUCAGUUUCACCGUCAUCAGAGACGCUGGCGCCGUUGUUGGGCCAAAGGCGGAGAGCUUGCUCUUCUACGUCUCAGGACAUUGCACAGAGCUCGUUGACGAGGAUCUCUUCGUCUCGGUAAAAAAUCAUCUGGCGUCUCUUCAACUAGAACUUCUGACAAUCAUGGGAAUUUGCAAUGAGACCAUGUCUAUCUGUCCAGUUUUCUCCCUUCGCAAUGAAAUUGGUCCCACCGUUAUGGACUACAGAAAAAGCACCUGCCACAGAGUGCUGCUGGGACCUUGUACUAAUAACUGCUAGGAUGGCAGCUUGUAGAGAGUAACGGACAUGUGGAAAAGAGAACCUGCGUAGGUGGUUGGCGGGGGCUCUGGUGUGGUUUGCUCCAUCUUUCUUAUCAGACGUCUAUCAUGAUCCUGAUCUCCCCUCCUUUUUUGUGUGUGUUUGUUAUUCUCUUGUAACACCUCUAAUCCUUAACACUUAUAUGACCUUCUUGUGUUGCGAGCGCUGUAAAACGCUUACUAAAACUAAAAGAGAACUUGUUACCACAUCAACUGCCACAACAGUGUUGGUAUGUUUGACCAAAGAGUUACUUUUCAUGGACCUAUAUACUGGGUGUCUACAAAAGAGAGAGGCCCACUUAAACGGCAAUGACUCAGUUAUCUAGGAACCAAAUUUAAUAAAACCUUGCCGAAAUAAAAUUCACGUAUGAGGACCUUACAUUUAUCAUUAUGAUAAAAAUCAAUUUGUUUAUUCGAAAAA